AUGCGAACGGUUGUACUCCUUUGUGGUGAAAGAGUUCAAGUAAAAAGCAGCGUUGGAAGCUGGUGCAGGAAGCUUGUGCACAAAAAGCCAAUCAAGCGCAAAGGGCAAAUCCUGCCAACUCAGGGCACAGUUGCCAUUCUCAACAACAUGUUUUUACUCAUCUGGCAGAUAGAUUCUUAUCAGUUAGAUAGUCUACGUCCUCUACACCGUACAAAAAGGACCUGGGUUAUCACCACCAUUGAUGUUCAAGAGGAUGACAAAGGACCAUUCCCAAAAUACGCUGGACAGCUCUUCAAUAACAAAUCAUUUAAUGCAUCAACAAAAUAUUUAAUCAGUGGACCUGGGGUAGAUGAACCUCCAGAGAUUGGAUUGUUUUCUAUAGAAGAUGAUGCAAAUGGACAUGUGUAUGUACAGCGUGCCAUUGACAGGGAAAAGACUCCAAGUUUUCAGGUACGUUUUGAUAUUGUGUCCAGAAAAACUGGUGAACCAUUGGACCGCCCUUUAUAUUUCAAGAUAAGGGUUAAAGAUAUUAAUGACAAUGCACCUGAGUUUCCUAAGGAGGAAUAUAGCGUUACAGUAAGAGAGAACCAUAGUAAAGAUGAGCCAGUUUUCCAAGUUACUGCCUUGGACAAAGAUGAAGGUGGCACUGUGAAUUCUCAGGUGUCCUAUUCUCUAAGUAUGCAAAUGCCCCUUCAAGAUGGGUUCACAUUUAAUGUUGAUCCUACCACAGGAUCAGUACUUCUGUCAAGAUGCCUGGAUUAUAAGACUGCCAACUCUUUCAAACUUCUGAUUAAAGCCAGUGACCAUGGAAGUCCCCAGCUGUCAUCUACUGCAACAGUGAAUGUAGCUGUUGAAGAUGCAAACAACCACCUCCCUGUAUUUACUGGUGAUAAUUACCAGCUACAGAUUUCAGCAGGUCAAGAAAAUUCAGCUGCAUUACGGCUCCAAGUGGAAGAUAAAGACUCUCCCAACACUCCAGCUUGGAGAGCAAAGUACAGAAUAACAAAAGGCAAUGAGAAGGAACAGUUCACCAUUGAGACGGAUCCAGACACAAAUGAAGGCAUCUUGCGUAUUAUCAAGCCUCUCAGCUAUGAAGAUGACUCUGAGAUGAGACUUGUCAUUUCUGUAGCAAAUGAAGAACCUUUCUUCUUGUGUAAGAAUGGCAUUGUGACAAUCUCAAGCCAAGAAUCCAUGAAUACAACUGUUAACAUCAAGGUCUUACAGUCACAACGUGCUCCUAGGUUUCAUCCUCCUAUACUUAUUGUCCAAAAAGAAGAUUCAAUGAAGCCUGGGAGAGUAUUUAGAAGGUAUCCUGCCACAUAUCCAGAUGAUGUGCCAAAUAAGAUAAAAUAUGAAUUAGCCCACGAUCCAGAUGGUUGGCUGAGCGUGGAUGAGAAUUCUGGAGUUCUUACUGUGGCAAAAGAAUUUGAUCAAGAAUCCCCUUAUGUGAACAACAGCCUGUACACCAUUAUCGUUCAUGCUGUUGAUCCUCGUAUUCCCCCACAGACUGGUACUGGCACCAUCCUGCUUUACUUGUCUGACAUGAAUGAUCAUAUGCCAACAUUAGUGGCUCCUUAUUUAGAUGUGUGUGACAAAAAAGAAGGGAUGCCUCUCAUUAUAAGAGCUAAGUCUGCUCUGGUCCAUUCACGUUCUGGGCCAUUUACAUUUGAGCUGGCUGAAGACACUGAAGAUGUGAAGCAUAACUGGAAAUUAGGAGGGAACUUUGGGGAGUCAGUUGAACUUUUAAUGUUAAAAAGCCUCCCACAAGGUAGCUACUUGGUGCCUGUCAUUAUUCAGGACAGUCAAGGAUUUUCUACAAGGCAGAAUCAGCAUGUCAGGCUCUGCUAUUGCCCAGAUGGACACACAUGUAAAGAGUCACCACUUCCACAAGCAGCAGUGAGACUUGGAGGUGGUGCCAUUGCAAUAAUACUGACAGCUUUCUUAUUACUACUGGUUUCCAGUAUACUACUUUGCCUGUUUUACGUAUGGGGAUCUAAAAGCAAAGCCAUUGUUCCACCUCAAGAAGGUGAACAGACUUUAAUCAACUAUAAUGAAGAGAGCAGAAUGUCUUUAUCUCAAGCUAAGCUGGAUAUUACAGACCAUGCUGUUCUACCCCCUGUGUCUGUGGAGGCUGGAAAAGAAGUGGUUGCUGAGGAUGGCCUGUAUUCUAGCUACGAGGCAUUCCAAGGAAGACACCUUGCAAUCAUCAUACAGACAGUGGACAAAAUACUGGAUCAGAAACUGUAUCACCAAAGCACACUGGAAGAUCACAGGGCCAUCUAUGAACCUUGCAGAUAUGCUGAGGAAGGAGAACUAGAGCGAAGUAACUCCUUCUGCUCUGUCUCCACUGGCAGUGAGGAGUUGCCUGUUGAUUUUUUGAACACUCUGGGACCAAAAUUUUCUGCUCUGGAAGAAAUCUGUCAGAAGCAAUUUCCAUCAUUUGAUUAA